AUGCCAUACACCUUCUGUUCGAUUUGUAAACUCAAUACCAAGGAAGGGCGCCGACAUUUAUACACGAAAGCCCACCAACAACGACUGCACAGAAUACUUGAUAAACAGAAGGAGAACUACAGAAAAUACAAGAUCUUCUUAAAUGAUAUAAGAGCAGUCGAUGGGAUAAAUAAACAACCUGACUUCAAGUGCAUAUUCUGUGACAUUGAGAUUAAGCCUAAAUUCAGAGACGUUGAUGAAAAGCAACUAGCCUGUCUUCAUAUAUUUACUCACAUGGCAACAACUGUACAUCAAAACAGAGUAAAGCAAUUCUUCAAGAAUCAUAAUGCAGAUCAAAAGCUUAUAAAUGAAUUUAUUCUGUCAAAAGGGCAGUUUGACAAGUAUCAAAGAAAGGCUUCUGUCAAAGAACGUGAACUUGAAAAGUUGAAUCACGAAGCGCUUAAACUUGGGAUGGAAGAGAAGUCUAAUCCGGUCUACAAUUUAGGACUCAUUCAUCCCCCGCCUUUGCUGCCUGCCGCGACGGCAGAUAGUCGAAAGCAAGAAUUAGUCCCAAAUGCGUCCGUCCAAUGGUAUAAAGACAACAUGGAAAGAGAUCAGAAAGCAUCUCGAUUGGGACAGCAGUUGUCCAAACUAAGCAAGAUUAAAGUACCGCCAUUGAAGCCCGGUGAAGGCAAUGUUUACACAGAAGGAAGCGUGCCACCAUGGCUUCAACCCGACACCGAGUGCGAUUCUGAAAAACCUACCGUCAUUGGACCGUCAUUAGACGCUUUCUUGGCCGCAAAGAAAGCCGAGAGAUUGAAAAAACUCAAUCCUAACCGUGUUGGAGCCAAUCUUGAUAGAUCUGAAGUGAUGGAUAAAAAUUGGGUUCCAAACUUUGGGCGCGUAUGGAAUUACGGAACACGACGAAAGACUCGAAACCAAUUCAAAAGGGAAUCGGAAAAAGGAAAUCAGGAACAAGACCACCGAAUGUGCCUUAAAUAG